GUUGCAAAAGAGAAACAGAAACAGAGAUUGUGUUGAUCGUUUUUGAAUUCUCGUCAAGAUUUAGAUCAAGAUUCACGUUGUAGUCUUUCUCUCGCUCACAGGUUAGUUUCUGCAGACUAACAUGGAUGAUGAUUAUGAUGAGAUAGACGAAUUUCUGGAGAUAUUAGAACGAGAGACACCAUCGUUACUAGAAGAUGCAGAAACGACACGUCCGUUGAACAUCAAUGCUCGUCUCGAGCCUUUACCAUCUCAAGCUCAAGAUCUUGAUCAGUCUAGGCUAUUUGGAUACAACGAGCCUAAUGUUUCUUUAUGUGAAACAAGGAACAGGACUACUCAGUUUCAACGUGGACACUCUCAAUCUCAGGAAUUACACACACCAUCAGUUGAUCAAGCAGAGAGUGUAUAUUCUUUAUUGGCCUCCAUUGACAUGGACCAUGUAUUGCAGACUUUAUUCACACAGCCACCUCUUAAUAUCGAUUUCAAUGAGCCUAGUGGUGGUUCUUCAGUUGCUGCUGAUUCUAGUCAACAACAAUUCAGCGCAAAUCUACCUAUGUGGCAUCAAAAUCAGUUGAACAUAGGCUCUUUUGACCCUGUAACUCCCCUUUUCACCGCACCGUCUUUUAUCGACCCCGCCGUUAGAAAAAUCCACGUCACCGUCAAGUUCCCGUCAAAACAGUUCACUCUUGAAGUAGACAGAACGGAAACGGUAAGUAGCUUGAAGGACAAAAUUCACAUUGUGGAGAACACGCCGAUAAAGCGAAUGCAGUUAUACUAUUCCGGGAUUGAGCUAGCUGAUGAUUAUCGAAACCUAAACGAAUAUGGAAUCAGUGAAUUCUCAGAGAUUGUGGUGUUUCUCAAGCCAAUCAACCGUGCCAAAGACGUUGCUCCGGUGAGGAAACUCUGUUUCUUGGUGCAGACGUCAUCUAGCUUAUUCAACGGUGCGAGGAUUCCUGUGGAGAUUAAGGACACUUGCACCAUCUCGGAGAUGAGAGAAGGGUUACAAGCUAACAAAACGUUGCCACGAGACGAGUAUAUAUUCAUACACAAGCAAAGGGUUAUGCGAGAGAAUUAUAGUCUUCGGUGGCAUGGUGUUGAAAAUGGUGACACGCUUUUUGUGUUUAAAGGGUCUAUUAGUCGUGAAGAAUCAAAGAAAAAACGAAGGAAGCCAAUUGUUCUGGAAAUUAUGGCGAAUAGUAAGUACGAGUACGUGAAGUCAUUCGAAGUGGAAGACGAAGUUAUGUUUCCCAAUUUGAUAAUUAUCCGUAUCGAUGGCCGUGAUUUUUCGAGAUUUUCCCAAGUUCACAAGUUUGAGAAGCCUAAUGAUGAGACGGCUCUAAAUUUGAUGAAUUCAUGUGCAUCUUCGGUUUUGGAAGAGUAUCCUGAUAUAGUCUUUGCAUAUGGAUAUAGUGACGAGUACAGCUUUGUAUUCAAGAAAACAUCAAGAUUCUACCAGAGACGAGCCAGUAAGAUUCUGUCUUUGGUAGCCUCAUUUUUUGCUGCGGUCUAUGUAACAAAAUGGAAAGAGUUCUUUCCUCAUAGAAAUUUAGAAUAUCCUCCUUCAUUCGCUUCAAAAGUUGUAAGUUGCGCAUCAGUAGAGGUUCUUCAAGCUUAUCUUGCGUGGAGACAACAUGACUGCCACAUUAGUAAUCAGUAUGACACAUGUUUUUGGAUGUUAGUAAAAAGUGGAAAGACCUUAAGUGAAACACAGGAAAUUUUGAAGGUAGAAGAAACUGUAAAGCAUGAUGAGAAUGGAAAUCCUGUAAAACGAUUGAGGAGAAGGGAAACGUUAGUGCAUUCAGAAAAUAUUGCUGGAAGAAGCUUUUGGAAUGAGCACUCCUCUCUUCAUAAAGAUCUUGGACAUUUUGCAAAAGACAUUGGCAAAAUUGAACCAGAUUAUGUUAAGUCGUUUCAGUUUGAGAGUAGAUUAUUACCUUUAACUUGGGUUGUGGUCAGGAUUGAUGGCUGCCAUUUUCACAGAUUUUCUGAAGUUCAUGAAUUUGAGAAGCCAAAUGAUGAGCAAGCUCUGAAACUUAUGAAUUCAUGUGCAGUGGCUGUUCUUGAAGAGUUUCAGGAUAUUGCCUUUGCCUACGGCGUUAGUGAUGAGUACAGCUUUGUUCUUAAGAAUAAAUCUGAGCUUUACAAAAGACAGUCCAGUAAGAUAAUAUCUGCAAUUGUAUCCUUCUUCACAUCGACGUACGUGAUGAGAUGGGGAGAUUUCUUCCCUCACAAAAAAUUGAAGUACCCUCCAUCAUUCGAUGGACGAGCUGUUUGCUAUCCAACAUCAGAUAUUCUCCUGGAUUAUCUAGCUUGGAGACAAGUCGACUGCCACAUCAAUAAUCAGUAUAAUACAUGUUUCUGGUUGCUUGUUAAGUCUGGAAAAAGCAAAACUCAAGCCCAAGAUUACUUAAAGGGUACCCAAACACGAGAAAAAAACGAGUUACUUAGCCAGCAAUUUGGAAUUGAGUACAAUUCAUUACCUUUAAUCUUCCGCAUGGGUUCUUCCGUUUUUCGCCUAAAGAAUCUUCGAGUUUACCGAUUCCGCCACUCACUCCUCGAUCCCUGUCGCGAAAUGGAGCUGGAGCCGGAGGUUCAAUAUGGAGAGGAAUUUGUCCACAUCGAUGACCCAAAACCUUCCAGAGAUUUUUUGUUAAACGAAAGCAUAGUGAAUGUGGAGAAGGAGGAGCUCCUCAGGGAGGAAGUAGAUAGCGACGCCGGUUCAGUGAUUACCGGCGAUGAUUCGAUAUGUGAAAGUGGUGAUGAUGGUAUAUGCGGUGUAGCGGAUUAUGUUGAGUGUGCGGUGGAGACGAUGACGGAGAAGUUGGAGCUGCCUGAGGAAUUUGCAAAAAGCGUUAUGGUUCUAACGUGUGAGUCCACAGUUGAAGGUGGAUCUUGUGAUGUUUACUUGGUUGGCACUGCUCAUGUAUCGCAGGAAUCAUGUCGAGAAGUUGAAGCUGUAAUCAGAUCCUUGAAACCGCAGGCUGUCUUUCUGGAGUUGUGUACAAGUCGAUUGUCUAUUCUCACACCUCAGACUGUGAAGGCCGCCAAGAAGCUUGAGGUUUUUCCUGGUGCUGAAUUUCGUGUGGCAUUUGAAGAGGCAAACAAAUAUGGUGGCGCAGUGUUUCCUGGCGAUCGUCCAGUACAGAUCACUCUACAGAGAACAUGGGGUAAAAUGCCUCUAUGGCACAAAAUAAAACUAGUGUACAGCAUAGUGUCUCAAGCUGUCUUUCUGCCGAAGCCUAAGGAACUUGAGAAGAUGCUGAAAGACAUGAGCGAUGCUGAUAUGCUGACAUUGGUGAUUCAAGAAAUGAGCAAGGAAUUUCCAUCUCUCAUGGAGACACUUGUGCAUGAGCGAGAUAAGUACAUGGCAUAUUAUUUGUUGAGACUUGCAAGUGAGCAUAGUUCAGUCGUGGCAGUUGUCGGUAGAGGGCAUCUUCAAGGGAUCAAGAAGAAUUGGAACCAACCUAUAAACAUAAAGGAACUGUUGGAGUUACCGACAAAUGAAUCGAUUUUUACUGUAAAGAAGAUUCUGAAAUAUCUGGUGGUUGUCGUCGCCGGGACAGCCAUAGUUUCCGGCAUGUAUCUUGCUAACGAACAAGAAUCUGUGUUGGAGAUCAAGAAACGUUUAGGACAGUUUCUUCAGAUCCCAGCAUCUUCUUUAACUCUCUUUGUCUCUUGUUGGGAACUCAUCGACGGUCUUGACAUCGAAGAUUACCCAAUCAUCUCUCACGGCACCAGAAUCGACCUCACCGUAACUCCCCUUUUCACCGCACCGUCUUUUAUCAAUCCCGCCGUUAGAAAGAUCCACGUCACCGUCAAGUUCCCGUCAAAACAGUUCACCGUUGAAGUAGACAGAACGGAAACGGUAAGUAGCUUGAAGGACAAAAUUCACAUUGUAGAGAACACACCGAUAAAGCGAAUGCAGUUAUACUAUUCCGGGAUUGAGCUAGCUGAUGAUUAUCGAAACCUAAACGAAUAUGGAAUCAGUGAAUUCUCAGAGAUUGUGGUGUUUCUCAAGUCAAUAAACCGAGCCAAAGAGGUUGCUCCGGUGAGGAAACUCUGUUUCUUGGUGCAGACGUCAUCGAGUUUAUUCAAUGGUGCGAGGAUUCCUGUGGAGAUUACGGACACUUGCACUAUCUCGGAAAUGAGAGAGGGAUUACAAGCUAACAAGACGUUGCCACGAGACGAGUAUAUAUUUGUACACAAGCAACGGAUUAUGCGAGAGAAUUGUAGUCUUCGGUGGCAUGGUGUUGAAAAUGGUGACACUCUUUUUGUGUUUAAAGGGUCUAUUAGUCGUGAAGGUUACUGAGAUUUUAAAAAAUUUAAGCUUCUUAUUCGAAUAAGUCCCUCUUAAUAACGCAUAUAGUGCUUAAUUGGAUUAUGCAUUCUUAAACAUUGAUGGAAUAUAUAUUAUUUUAAUGU